CUGGGUCCGCGCCCGGCGCCGCCGCUGCGCCCUCCCGGCUGCGAGUCCGCCCGGCUCCGGAUCACGUGGCGGUUGCCGGAGGCAGAGACUAGAGAGGAGAGAAAAAAAAAGCGCCUCAUUCCUUCUUCCACCGCCAUACUGUAUUUUAUAGUAACUCUCAUUUUUAUUCCUCCCUUUUACUCCCGCUCGUGGAAGGUUUUCCUGGAGAAUGAAGUGCGGUUUGGUUUCCUUGUCAACGGAAGAUGAAGUGAACAACUGAACAUCUCCCCAGUGCAGGUUUAAAGCCAAGUGAUCCAACCAUGACUGGCAAAACACAGACGAGCAAUGUCACCAAUAAGAACGACCCAAAGUCCAUCAACUCCAGAGUCUUCAUCGGUAAUCUGAACACAGCUAUUGUCAAAAAAGGCGACAUCGAAGCAAUCUUUGCAAAGUACGGGAAGAUCGUGGGCUGCUCGGUGCACAAAGGUUAUGCCUUCGUACAGUACAUGAGCGAGAGGCACGCCAGAGCCGCCGUGGCGGGAGAGAACGCCAGAAUCAUUGCGGGGCAGCCGCUAGAUAUCAACAUGGCAGGAGAACCAAAACCAUACAGACCAAAACCUGGCAACAAGCGGCCACUUUCAGCACUUUACAGACUUGAAUCAAAGGAGCCUUUCCUGUCCGUUGGUGGUUAUGUCUUUGAUUAUGACUACUACAGAGAUGAUUUCUACAAUCGGUUGUUUGAUUACCAUGGCCGUGUCCCCCCUCCGCCCCGUGCAGUGAUUCCACUCAAACGUCCUCGGGUGGCUGUGACAACAACUCGUAGAGGCAAAGGGGUUUUCUCCAUGAAGGGAGCAUCACGGUCCACUUCAAGUGGGGCUUCUUCCUCAGGAUCCAAAUCACCCACCCGUCUUCCCCUGCCCCUUUUGUGGAGUGAUACUGUCCUUGGAAGCGUCACUGGAAGAGGAAGAGAAAGAUCAGUGAAAUCAGAUGAGUUGCAAACAAUCAAGAAAGAAUUAACUCAAAUCAAAACAAAAAUUGACUCCUUGUUAGGGAGACUGGAAAAGAUUGAAAAGCAGCAAAAAGCUGAAGCAGAAGCCCAAAAGAAACAAAUGGAAGAUAAUGCUGAUUUGAUUCAAGAGGAAUGCAUAUCAGAGAAUGCAGAUAACUCUACGGAAGAGCCAAUUGAAGGAGGGCCAGAUGCAGAUGGGGAUGGAGAAGAUAUGACUGAUGGGAUAGAGGAGGAUUUUGAUGAGGAUGGCAGCAAUGAGCUGUUUCUACAGAUCAAGUGAUGAAAUGUCAUGUGUGAACCCCCUGAAGGCUGAGAAGAGAAACUCUGACUUCCCCACAGAAAAUUGUGAACUGCAGUUUCUUACUGGCUGACAACACCUUUGACUCAAUUUGUAUGAAACUCAAUUUACUUAUUAAAAUGGACAUUAUUGUUCAAAUAUUAGAAACUCCAUUUCUUAUAUGUUCUAAGCUGUACAAUUGUCAGAUUUUUAUGGUUUAGAUUGUAAAUGUGGUUUUCUCUGGCUAAUUAUUGGUAUUAUUUUUUUAAUUUUGAUGUCUUAAAGGCCAAUGUACUGUAUCAUAAUAAUAUGAAGGACGUAUUUAACAGGUGUGGAAAACACUGUAUACAAAUGUAUAUUUCUAAAAGCUAUUUUUAUGAUUAGCACGUUUACUGUUUUACCAUAUUUAGAGUCAGGUGAUAUUGCACUUCUUUGUUUACUGCUUAGUUCAAACAAGACCAUUUUGAUCAGUGCCACAAUUAAAUACAUUGUAUGGUAUUUCCCAUUAUUUUAUUCAAUUUAUUUGUCAUUGGAAAUAAUUACAUUUGGUAAUAGAAUAGCUUCUAAAAAGUGAAAAUGUCAAAAUAAGAGAGCAAUUCUUGAUAAACUGUAAAUUGCAUCCUCCUGUAAAUCCUCUUCUUCAGAUAAGCCCUCUCUGUGAUGCCAUUCAUCAGACAGUUGUUACAGCUGUUCUUACAAAUCUUUAAAGGCAGUUUGUUGCUACCAUAUGGAAAGUCAGUCAGCCUCCUGUCUAGCCAGAAAAAUUACUUAUAGCCUGCCAAUAUCUGACAGCCUGAGUUAGCCUACUUAUUAAUUUUUGGGUUCUUUUCUGGCAGUAGUCUUUCCAACCACAAAAUCCUAAGGCCCUCCUAAAAGCCUGAAGUUGGAAUAAUUAAUUAUUACAGAUGUGGGGGGAAUCCCAGUAUAGAAUUUUAUAAUAAAUCAUAUUUCCCUUCAAAACAGAAUGGAUGCAUUAUUUCUCUUGUGUUACUGAGACAUUAAAGAUAAAAAAAGCAUAUGUGCACAAGGACUUCUUCCCCUAGAAAAGUACCAAUUUGUUCACCAUCCCAAAGUCAGACAUUUUUAACAUUGCAGAUUACAUGAAACAAGGAAUAUGUAUUUAUUCAUCCACAUCUUUAUGUGAAUGGUACUCAUACAGAAAGAGACAUGUCUUUAAAGUGAUUGCAGGGUAAAUAAAUUAUUUAUUAGCUAUAGCCUCCCAGGAGGGAGAGACAUUAAUUUAGGAAGUAUCUUACACAGUCAAAUGGAGCACAGACCAGUCUGCAGUGUUGAGCCCUGAUCACUGAGCUCCAUGACUGGGUUACUUGCUAUUUCAGAUCAUCCAGCACUACAAAAAUGAACUCUUGCCUUGCCCUUUCAAACAUUCUCCGUAGGCUGAAAACAAGAGAAAACAAAAGGUACCAGAGAGACUUUUAAAAAUAUCUAACUUUAAAUUUCUGUUUUAAGAAGCAGUUUCUGAGAUGACAGGUUCACCUCAAGUAGUGUGGAUGUAAGCUGGUGGGAGCUCAAGGUCUCUGGUCAAGUUUCUGGCGUGGGGAUCAUCAACAAAGAAGGACUGAUAUUUUUCAAAAAUUUGGAAGCAAAGCAUACAUUUUAAUUGCCUAUUACUGAGUGAGAAUUUUUUUCACUAGGUAGCUAUGUGACAUUGCACUCUCAGUUAACGUUUGUGUACCUUAUAUUUAGCUUUUGUCUAUUGUAUGUGGAGUUACAUGGUUUACAUAAGUGCUGAGUGGUACCCAGCUCCUUAAAAAGGAAAGACUAGUAUGAGUAGUUACACCUGAGCAUAAAGAACUGCAGCUUCAGAGUUUAUCAGUGCUGACUCUCCAAGAAAUGUGCAGGAAAAAAAUAUUACUCCUUGUAAGUGAAAUGUUAGGUCAAAUCAGCAGGUGAAAUACUUCUCCAUUUUCUAUCUCUUAAUAUGGGUUAUGAACAUUUUUAACUGUAAAAAUGCAAACAGAAUUGCCAUUUUGGGAUUUCUGCCUUCAGCUGAUAGUUAAAAAAUAAGGAACUCCAAACUUCAGCAGCUCAAGGGGCAUUUAAAUCACAUAAACUGUUGGCUGACUUUAAAGAUGCAGAAAAUCAUCUAAGGAGAUCAGUUCUGAUAUUUGUGUUAAUAAACUAGAUAUGAGAAACAUCUAGGUAUAUUGUCUCUUCACCACCUCCAUUCCAAAUGAGCUAAUACUCACAGAAAGCACUCUGAGAUUUUCACACAUUCUUUACAGUCAUUACCCUUACAGUAUAAAGUCACAGAAAUGAUUGCACAGUAAUAAUGUUGACACUGUUUCACACCACAGCUUAGGUCCUGAAUAUAUUUUGAACACGAAAGUCAUCUCUGAUGACACCCUGAGGCACUAUUUCAUUUGCAAGCCAGAAGAUUGUUACCCCAUGCAGCCUAUUACUAGCAAGGUUUCUCAAUGGCAUGUUUGCUUAAAAUCACUCCAGAGGAUGCUGGUGGCUUCGACAGAGCUUACUUGUUCUCUGCUGUCCAUGUUUGCAGUAUGCUUGGUGUUGUUUGCCAUCAUCUGUUACUUGUUUGACAUAAGUUUUGUCAAUUGUGGGAUUUUUCAACAUUGCUCAUCCCUUGCAAGACAGAGGAAUAGGAAACAUAAAAGAUCUUGUCAAUCAGUUUGGACAGUCAACAGUCAUAAAAUCCUUU